AUGGAGUCACGGCCCCCUGUCAUGCGUGGCACUUCGCCACGCCCCCCCAUGCCAGGUUCUACGUCGGCGAUGCGUCCUGGUCCGCCUCGUGCAGGUUCGGCACCGGCGCGACCGCCUGGUGCUCCCAACGCCGCAUCGGUACGGCCGCCUAGUCAAGUUUCUUUGCAGGGACGACGUAGUCCUAUGCCGCCACCACGUUCGCCUGCCCCCUCGGCUCGUCCUAUGCAAGGACGGCCUCCUGCGCCUGGCGCACGACCUCCUGCUGCCCAGGCUCAGGCACCUGGCGCGCGUCCUCCUAUGCCUGCGCGUUCUCCAGCACCAGGUGCCCGGCCCCCGAUGCCUGCUCGCUCGCCGGCGCCAGGCGCACGGCCUGGGAUGCCGCCCCCUCGCUCUCCCGCUCCGCCUCGCACAGGCACUACGUCGCAACCCGGCACGCCCGCGAGUGCCCAGACUUUGCCCGCUUCGAUGCAGCGCAUGAAGUUGCAAGGUGUGCCGGCACGACCUCCGGCUAUGGCGGCUACAGAGCCGCCUGAAUCGGUGACGCCCACUGCAGCCGUCCCACGUCCACCGGCGCCCACCGCGGCACCAGCGCCCCCUGCUGGUGUGGCACGAACAAAGCGUGCGGCGCGUGCGUACCACCAGGACGCGACAGCGCCUGCCUCGUCAGGUUGGAACGAUGUCAUGGCUCGUCCGCCGCCUCCACAGGCCGAGUGGCAGCAGCAAGCCGCCCAACGUGCCGAGUACCGCGCAGCGCAGCAAGCUAGGCCUAUGGAGGACGACAAUAACUUUGACUCUGCGUUGGAUCAGAUUCCCGGUUCGCGCAAUGUGCUCUCAGCAGCGCAGCGAGCGGCCAACCGUGCAGCUUUGCAAGGUUCGGCAAGUGCGCCUAUGCGCAAUGUAUCCGGCCAAGCGGCUCUGCAGGGUAUGCCAACGACCAAUGCCAACGAUCGUGCUGGACGUCCUAAAAUUGAUCCGGACCACAUUCCUAGUCCUGUGGAUGCACAAUAUGCCGACCAGCAAUUCUUCUACCAUGAGUUCUUUGGUACCUGCAGCCGCGAAGGCAUGCCGCUGAGUACCACCAACUUUGCUGCGAUUGAUCAGGGCAAUUGCUCGCCCAAGUUUAUGCGGCUCACAACAUACUGCAUGCCAUCGUCUGACGAGGUCGCUCAGGCGUCGAAGCUUCCGAUUGCGUUGACUGUGCAGCCGUUUGCACAACUUCGUGCAGACGAGGCGCCGGUCCCUGUGACCGACCCAGGUGCCUCUGGCCCGCCGCGAUGCAAGCGGUGCCGUGCGUACAUCAACCCAUGGUGCUUGUUUGUGGAAGGUGGCUCGAAAUGGAUUUGCUGUUUGUGCGGUACCGCCUCGGAAGUGUCGCAGGACUACUUUUGCAAUCUGGAUAUCAAUGGCCGCCGCGCCGACUUGGACCAGCGCCCUGAGCUGACGCAUGGCUCCGUAGACUUUUUGGUUCCGACCGAGUACUGGGCUGUGCAGGCCCCGACUGAUGUCUCGGCGAUGUUGCCCGUCUCGACGAUUGUGCCGACCAUGACCAAAAAGCUCACGACCACCACCAAGCUACGUGACAACGUGGACCGCCUUGCGAACGUCGACACUGGCAACGAGUCUGCGAACUCCGCAGCGAAGGUCGCGCAAGCUGCGGGGGAUGCGGCCCUGGAUUCCCUGCAUUUGGGCAAGGGCCACACCACAGUGCGUGCGCCUCGACCCAUGACGUACAUGUUUGUGAUUGACGUGAGCUUCAGUGCUGUGCGAUGCGGUUCCUUGAAAGUCUGCACUCGCGCCAUCAAGCAUGCAUUGUACGGCUCGACCGAGCAAGGCGCCGCGCCGCCCUCCGACGAUCAGCAUGGCGCGCCAGGCUUUGGCUUGCCUCCGGGCAGCAAGGUGUGCAUUCUGACGUUUGAUCAGGCGCUCCACUUUUACAACUUGGAUGCCAGUCUGGGCCAGGCGCAGAUGAUCUACAUGGCUGACAUUGAAGACCCCUUUGUACCCAUCAGCCAAGGUUUGUUGGUCGAUCCAUGGGCCUCGCGUAGUGUUAUUGAAGGCUUGCUGAACGAUCUUCCCAACCUUUUCGCUUCGACCACCGUCGCGGAGGCAGCGCUGGGUGCGGUCGUGCGUGCCUCCCAAGCCGUGCUCAAUGGCAUUGGUGGCCAGCUGAACUUGUUCCUUUCCACGAUUCCCACGGUGGGUCCUGGCAAGUUGAAGCAUCGCGAAGAUACAAAACUCUACGGCACCGAGCAAGAAAAGAAUCUGUUUACAGCACAGGACGCCUUUUACCAGAAGAUUGGCGUGGAUCUCGCUUUGGCUGGCGUGGGUGUCAACACGUUCUUCUUCCCAAGUCAAUACAUUGACGUGGCAUCGAUUGGGUACUUGGCUGGUGAGACGGGUGGUGAGCUCUUCUUCCAUCCUCGCUUUGAUCCCGUGCGUGAUGGCGCGCGUGUGAUGGCAGAGGUGCAGCGCAUGAUUCUACGCGAGACCGCGUACAAUGUGACGACGCGUAUUCGUUGCUCGCACGGUCUUCGUGUCGUCAAGCACUUUGGCAACUUCCAUCGCCAUGGCCUCACGGAUUUGGAGAUGGGUACAUGGGACGCGGACAAGGCUUUCUCCGCUCUCAUCAAGCAUGAGGCUCGUCUAGAAGAGUCACGCGAGGCCUACUUCCAGUCCGCUACCCUGUACACGGCAGCCAGGGGCGAGCGUCGUGUGCGUGUGCAUACCAUGGCGGUGCCUGUGUCCUCUACACUGGGCAACGUCUUCCGCUACGCAGAUAUGGACUCCACGGUCGCGCACUAUGCGAAGGAAGCAGCCACGCUGGCGCAUACCAAGUCGUUGAAGGAUGUGCGUAGCUACCUGACAUCGCGCUGUGUCGCGAUUCUGCUGGCGUACCGAAAGAACUGCGCAUCCACUACGAGUCCUGGCCAGCUUAUCUUGCCAGAAAGCUACAAACUAUUCCCAUUGUACACAUUGGCGCUCAUGAAGAACAAAGCCAUCAAGGGCGGUAAUGUGACUUCGGAUGUGCGUGUAUACUUCUUCCGCCUUUUGCUUUCUCACGGUGUGGGCGCGAUUAUGUCGUUGUUGUACCCUCGCAUGGUAGCAUUGCACACGCUCUCGCCGGAAGACGGUUUCCCUAUUGUCCCCGCCCAGGGUCUUACCCCGGAGAAGCAGAUGGUCGAAGAUGCGCUGCUCAAAGUAGUACACGUGCCUCGGGCUAUGCGGCCCUCCUUCUUGCGCAUGGAACCACAUGGUGCAUACCUCCUUGACAAUGGCGAAUGGUGCCUGCUAUGGCUCGGUGCCGAGGUGAACCCCAAGUUCUUGGAAGACUUGUACGGCGUUACCUCGCUGGAUGAGAUGGAUCCACGCAUGACUUCACUGCCCAAGCUUCCUACAAAGCUCUCGCAGCAGGUGCGUGGCUUGAUCCAGAGCUAUGCAGAGCAACGUGGCAAGGCAACACUCCAAGUGGUCAUGGCGCGUCAAAACCGUGACGGCAUGGAGGUCGAGUUUGCCAACAAUUUGGUCGAAGACCAAAACAACGACGCUAUGAGCUAUGUUGACUACUUGUGCCAUGUCCACCGCGUAAUUUCGUCGGAUAUGAGCUCCGGGAAGGAGGAUAAAAAUAGUAGCUCUGGCUCGCUUUGGAAGACGUUCAUGUAG